AUGGCGAAGCCAGCAGCAGGAUCCUUAGCAGGCAUGUUGACGAUGACAAAGCCAUCAGCAGGAUCCUUAGCAUCAAGAUCGACGUGGGUAUCCACCACCUCUGUGUCGUCCUCAGGGAAGAGGAUUCAGAGAGAGAUGGUAGAGCUCAACCUGGAUCCACCUCCUGGCUGCUGUGCGGGGCCCAAGGGUGACAAUCUCUACAACUGGGUUGCAACCAUCAUCGGGCCCCCAGGAACACCAUACCAAGGUGGCAUAUAUUUCCUUGACAUUACAUUUCCUUGUGAUUAUCCAUUUCAACCUCCAAAGGUUGUAUUCAAAACUCGAAUCUAUCAUUGCAAUGUUGAUUCUGCUGGAAAUGUAAGUUUGGAAAUCUUAAAGGACAGUUGGAGUCCAGCUCUAACAAUUACAAAGGUUCUACAAGCACUUCAAUCCAUCUUCACCAAGCCUGAUCCUUAUAAUCCACUUGUCCCUGGCAUCGCCCAUUUGUACUUGCAAGAUGAAGCUAAACACGCCGAGCUUGCUGCUGAGUGGACGCUGCGAUUUGCUAAGUGA